AAUAUUCUUCGUUUUUUAACUGUUUUGAUGAUUUCCCUUGGCUUUCCCAGGCAGCUUAUCACCUCCUCAUUUCUGAUCUUGUCAACCCAGCUUAUACGUAACAGCUGCCUGUAAAUCCACGUUUCAAAUGCUGUACUUAUAAAAUCUAGGAAGAAGGCAAUGGCAAACUACUUCUGAAAUCUUGCCAAGAAAAUUGCAGGGACUUGCCCAGAUAGUCACCAAAGUUCAGUGCAGACUUGAAGGCACCAAAAUACUUAUAAAGUUACUUAUACAUUACCUAUAAUAAAGGUGAUAUAAAUCUAAUAAAAUAAAACAAAUACUGUACAGAUAUUAACAAACAUGGACAUAAUUAUAAAUGCUAUUAUAUAAUCUAAAAUUAAAAUACUGUCGCCAAAGCUUAGCUAUGUAUUACAACAGAUAUUUCCAAGUGGAUGACUCUUGACACUAUCAGUCAAAAGAUAUUAAGCAUGUAUUUCAACUAUCUUUAAUUUUUUUCUGAUUUUGUUCUAAAAGAGAAAAUAGAUAAUGAAUUAAAAAUUAACCCCAUAUGGGCCCCACCCAAGCAGCACUUGAGGUGAAGUGAAUAUUCAAUGUAUCUCAUUUAUAAGCAGCUAUUCUAAUUAUGGGGAACCUCCCUGUGUAGACACAUUGGGAAUCCUGAUGGUUUUGUAAUGGCAAAAGCUUCCCCCUCUGUUUCAUUCAAAUGUUUGCGUACUCUACAGGUUGGCGUUUUCACCAUGGCUAAUAUAUAUGGCAGCAUCCCAUGGUAUAGGAAGAGAAAUCCAUUUCCACAACUGAUCUUCACUGGGAGAGAUGCUUUAAAAUAAGCUACCAGUUCAAGUAUCAUGAACUUAUGGUGAGCAGAAAAUAUUACAGAUUGGUUUGCUCUUACGGAAAUUAGAAAACACCAGCAGAAUUUCUCGCCUGAAAGGAAAUGUUUCCCUCUUCCAUUUCAUCUCAGAAAGAUUGGCUGGCGAUUUGCUUUCAAUGGCUUUGGGUAUCAAGAAAAAGUACUUUCACAAUCCGUAUUUGAUCGGUACGCCUAAUAAGCCAGGUCAAGAUCACAGAAUGGGGUGCAUCUGUGGAUAAAUCCUUCCCUUUAUCAGCUUUAAAACAACAAGGAGGUAUCACGGAAAGCCUCGUCGCUCUGGGAACCUUGAGGUGGUGUCCUCAGACGGGUACUUUACCCCGUCAGGCUAUCCCAGCCUCCUUUGCUUCUUUAUACGAAAUGGCAGCGCGUGUUUAGGGUUCAACUCUCCGCAAACCUCCGGCCUCGCGGCGCUUCUCUCACUCCUCCGAGGCCAAAGCAGAGGGCUGAGCCCGUCCGCGGGGACCGAGACAAGCGCUCAGCCCCCCCAGUCUUGAUAAGAGCAAGCUGAGACAAUUGAGGAAAGGAGGCGCUCCUUUCGGAGGGGAGGAGAAGAGGGCGGGCGGCGGAGGGUGUCUGUCUUCCUUCGAGGCAACUGGAGGGAGGGGAAGGACUGUGGUAGCAACACUCCCGGGGAGGGCGAGGGAGAUCCGAAGUCCAACCAUGGCGAACGCCAAGAAGCAGAAAAAUGACACGAAUUCCUCAGAAGAAAUCCACGUGGACAGCAAGAACAUACUACAGAGCAAAGAUGAGCAGCAAAACCUCACUGAAACAGACGCCUUUGGUGAAAGGAUCAGCCAGCUCUUUGAUCCAUCUGUGGAAUACAAAAUGAAACACAAGAGAAGAGGACUUGCUUUGAUUUUCAAUCAUGAGAGGUUUUUCUGGCACUUAGCAUUACCAGACAGACGUGGUACUUGUGCUGACCGAGAUAAUCUGAACCGCAGUUUGACUGAACUUGGAUUUGAAGUGAAAUGUUUCAAUGACCUUAGAGCAGAAGAAGUGCUGCAUAAUAUUCAUGAUGUGUCCACAGAUAAACAUGAAGAUGCAGACUGCUUUAUGUGCGUUUUCCUGAGCCACGGAGAAGAUAACCAUGUUUAUGCUUAUGAUGCUAAAAUACAGUUACAAAUGUUGACCAGUAUGUUCAGAGGUGAUAAAUGCCCUAGCCUGAUAGGGAAGCCAAAAAUAUUCAUAAUUCAGGCAUGCAGAGGAGAUAAGCAUGAUGAGCCAGUCUUGGCUCGUGAUACAGUGGAUAGUGUUACAGAUCGCUCACUCGAUAAUGAAACUACAUUGGAUGCUGCUGCAGUUUAUACUUUACCUGCUGGUGCUGAUUUCCUCAUGUGUUAUUCUGUGGCAGAAGGUUUCUACUCUCAUCGGGAGACUGUAAAUGGUUCUUGGUAUAUUCAAGAUCUGUGCGAGAUGAUACGAAAGCAUGGUGGUUCCCUGGAAUUCACAGAAUUACUGAUGCUUGUUAACAGGAAGGUAUCACAUCGCAGGGUAGAUGUGUGCAAAGAUAUUCAGGCUAUAGGUAAAAAGCAGAUCCCUUGCUUUGCUUCAAUGUUAACUAAAAAACUGUAUUUCUAUCCCAAAUCAUCAUAGCACGGUAGAGUAAAUAUUAUUUUUGGGUGCGUAGAUGGUGGAUGAUGGUGUAGUCUGCAGGACUCAAAGCAAAUCAUAUAGUACUGUUGAAAUAGAUCCAUUUUAUAUUUACUUAUCUGAAAAUUUGCUCCAUUAGACUCAAUGAGACUUGGUUCUGAAUAGACAUAUAGAAUUGCACUGAUAAUUAAAAAUGUAUGUUUACUUAGUAUAUAGUCUAUUACUUUCCUAAACUAAGAACUUCAGGAGAUGGUGAAUUAAAAUGGUUAGAUGAGCAGAUCUGUGCAAUAAAAUCACAGCCAAUAAUUGCAAGUUCUAAAUGGUAAACAGAAAUACAAAUUCUACAUUAAAAAUUGAAAAAAAAACUGUGAAGUUUAACAACUCAGGCAGAAAUACUUUUAUAUAGCCUUUGAAAUAUUCUGCUACCCUCAGGGAGUUUGAAAAAUAAGUUCAGACUUGACAUUGGGAUAAUAAAGGAAUAGUUAAUCAAAAGUUAGCUGUCUUUAGGUUUACAUUCCAUAAUGGAUUUUAAUAAUGGAUAUUUUGUACGAAUGGUUAAAUUUUUAUACCUUUGUUUUAACACAGUAAUUGUCUUAUGAGAAUCAUUUUCUUAAUCUGUUUCUACUGCAAGAAUUGUUCCCCCCUCACUUUAAUAUUUUGGAAAAGUGAAUUAUGCAACUAAUAUAAAAUUGUGAUUCCUUCAGUUAGUUAUAGCAGCUCCUGAUAACUUGUGGAGUUACUGCAACUUAAUUGAAAAAUUUGCAUUAUUUUUCAUACAAACCAGCCUUAUUAUUAUUUAAUAAAAGUUAAUUUGUGUCUAUGAA